GCUGCGGGGAGGAGGAGGAGGAGGGAGGAAGAGGCGGAGCGGCAGCGGGAGCAGCAGGAGGAGCGGGGAGGAUGAACCGCGGGGCUCCGGCUCUGCCUGAACUCGCAGCACCCCGGGAGCGUCGCCCCCAUCCCGCAGAGCAGGAGCUGAGGAUGGAGAGCAGGGAGGACAAAUCCCCGCGGCAGAACCUGGUGGAAGAGGCCGUUUUGAGCGGCUCCAUGGCGCAGGAACCCGACGGGGAGGAAAAGCCCCGGAGAUCCCGCACGAGGAGGGGCUGCAAACGCAGAUCGCGGGGAUCUGAGGGGGAAAGACCCACCCUGGGCCGGGGAGGCAGCCGGAGAUGGAGCCAGAGCUCGGAGCUGGGGGUCCCUGAGCAGCUCCAUGAUGGGGAGAAGCCCCACAAGUGCUCGGAGUGUGGGAAGAGCUUCAGGAGGAGCUCUGACCUGAUCGUGCACCAGAGGAUCCACACUGGGGAGAGGCCCUACGAGUGUGGGGAGUGUGGGAAGAGCUUCAGCCACAGCUCCAGCCUGAUCAAGCACCAGAGGAUCCACACUGGGGAACGGCCCUACGAGUGUUCCAAGUGUGGGAAGGGGUUUCAGACCAGCUCCCAUCUCCUCCUGCACUAUCAGAGUCACAGAGAGGAGAGGCCCUUCUGCUGCCCCCACUGCGGGAAGGGAUUCAGGGAAAACUCAAAACUCAUCCAGCAUCGCCGCAUCCACACCGGGGAGAGGCCCUACGAGUGUGGGAAGUGUGGGAAGGGCUUCAGCCAGAGCUCCAACCUGAUUGUGCACCAGAGGACCCACACUGGGGAGAGGCCCUACGAGUGUUCCAAGUGUGGGAAGAGGUUUCAGACCAGCUCCUGUCUCCUCCGGCACUAUCCGGUUCACACAGAGGAGAGGCCCUUCUGCUGCCCCAACUGCGGGAAGGGAUUCAGGUACAACUCCACCCUCAUCCAGCAUCGCCGCAUCCACACUGGGGAGAGGCCCUACGAGUGUCCCCGGUGUGGGAAGAGAUUCUCACAGAGCUCUAACUUGACCAAACACCAACGGAGGCACCACGGCUCCAGGCCCCACAAGUGCUCGGAGUGUGGGAAGGGCUUCAGGUGGAGCUCCAGCCUGAUCGUGCACCAGAGGAUCCACACUGGGGAGAAACCUUACGAGUGUGGGGAGUGUGGGAAGAGCUUCAGCCACAGCUCCAGCCUGAUCGUGCACCAGAGGAUCCACACUGGGGAACGGCCCUACGAGUGUUCCAAGUGUGGGAAGGGCUUCAGCCAGAGCUCUGACCUGAUCAGGCACCAGAGGACCCACACUGGGGAGAGGCCCUACGAGUGUUCUGAGUGUGGGAAGGGGUUUCAGACCAGCUCCUGUCUCCUCCGGCACUAUCCGGUUCACACGGAGGAGAGGCCCUUCUGCUGCCCCGACUGCGGGAAGGGAUUCAGGCAGAACUCCAACCUCAUCAGGCACCGGCGCAUCCACACUGGGGAGAGGCCCUACGAGUGUGGGGAGUGUGGGAAGAGAUUCUCAAGGAACUCUCACUUGACCCAACACCAACGGAGGCACCGGUAAGGGAAGCCCUGCGAGUGCCCCGAGUGCGAGAAGAGCUAAACUCCAUCCCCCACUGGAGGACCCACAUUGGGCACAGCCCUGGUGACCCACAUUCCCUGUGAUCCAUGUUGGGAACACACCUGGCUGCUUCUCCUUUUGUGUUGACCUUUAUUUUUUUCUCUUCUCAAUCUCUCUGCACUCCAAAAGCCAAGAGGGAUCGAUCUUUCACCUCAAAACCACUCACAUCCCACUGAAAACAACUGAAUUUUAACCCACAGAGCCUCAAUCCCACCUCAAAUUGUUUGUUCCCACCUCAAAAAAAACCCAAUCCCACACCAAACUCACUCGAAUCCACAGCUGCCAGGGUGAGAUGGGUUUGGGAGGAGACUGGGAGAAGUGGGAUCCCAAUUUGGAGCAGUGGGAUGGGGAUUGUGUGGGGCUGGGUGGCUGGGAUGUAUUUGAUAGCAAAUAAAACUUUCAGACUUA